AUGAGCCUCGUUAGCGAUCUGUCUUCACAAGUCAGCCCAGAGCUGGAGGGGACCCCCUGCUACUUCCGGCAGCGGGUUUCAGGCUUUGUGGGAGGGGCCAUGGCAAAGGGGCGUGACCACGAGACCUCCGCACGCGCGCGCUCCUCGCAGUUCCAUCUCCCUCCCCGGAGCGUCCACCGAGGUCUCCGACCCCAGCCCGAUCCCAGCCCGCCCGCCCAGCCUGCAGCCCCCUCCCGCUCUUUCCAGGCCUCAGCCCGCACCCCCGAGGGCCUCGACAUCAUGGGGGACGGGGGAGAGGGCGAGGAUGAGGUUCAGUUUCUGCGGACGGAUGACGAGGUGGUCCUGCAAUGCAGUGCAACGGUGCUCAAGGAGCAGCUGAAGCUGUGUCUGGCCGCUGAGGGCUUUGGCAACCGCCUCUGCUUCCUGGAGCCCACCAGUAAUGCCCAGAAUGUGCCCCCUGACCUGGCCAUCUGCUGCUUCGUGCUGGAGCAGUCCCUGUCGGUCCGCGCUCUGCAAGAGAUGUUGGCAAAUGCUGUGGAGGCAGGCGUGGAGUCAUCCCAAGGUGGGGGCCACCGGACUCUCCUGUAUGGCCACGCCAUCCUGCUCCGGCACGCGCACAGUCGUAUGUACCUCAGUUGCCUCACCACCUCCCGCUCCAUGACAGACAAGCUAGCCUUUGACGUGGGACUGCAGGAGGACGCCACAGGCGAAGCCUGUUGGUGGACCAUGCACCCCGCAUCUAAGCAGAGGUCAGAAGGAGAAAAGGUCCGAGUCGGGGACGACCUCAUCCUGGUCAGCGUCUCCUCCGAACGCUACCUGCACCUGUCUACUGCCAGUGGGGAGCUCCAGGCUGAUGCUUCCUUCAUGCAGACUCUGUGGAAUGUGAACCCCAUCUGUUCCUGCAGCGAAGAGGGUUAUGUAACAGGGGGUCAUGUCCUGCGCCUCUUUCACGGACAUAUGGAUGAGUGCCUGACCAUUUCCCCCUCUGACAGCGAGGACCAGCGCAGGGUGGUGUACUAUGAGGGAGGAGCCGUGUGCACCCACGCCCGCUCCCUCUGGAGACUGGAACCACUGAGGAUCAGCUGGAGUGGAAGUCACCUGCGUUGGGGCCAGCCACUGCGCCUACGCCACGUCACCACCGGCCGGUACCUGGCACUCACUGAGGACCAGGGUCUGGUAGUGGUAGAUGCCAGCAAAGCUCAUACCAAGGCCACUUCCUUCUGCUUCCGAAUCUCCAAGGAGAAGCUGGAUGUGGCCCCCAAGAGGGAUGUGGAGGGCAUGGGCCCCCCUGAGAUCAAGUAUGGGGAGUCGUUGUGCUUCGUGCAGCACGUAGCCUCAGGCCUGUGGCUCACAUAUGCAGCCCCGGACCCCAAGGCUCUACGACUUGGAGUGCUCAAGAAGAAGGCCAUACUGCACCAGGAAGGCCACAUGGACGAUGCGCUAUCACUGACCCGCUGCCAGCAGGAGGAGUCACAGGCCGCACGCAUGAUCUACAGCACGGCCGGCCUGUACAAUCAAUUCAUCAAGGGCCUGGACAGCUUCAGCGGGAAGCCGCGGGGUGCGGGGCCACCCGCGGGCACAGCGCUGCCCAUCGACGGCGUCAUCCUGAGCCUGCAGGACCUCAUCGGCUACUUUGAGCCUCCCUCGGAGGAACUGCAGCAUGAGGAGAAGCAGACCAAGCUGCGCAGUCUGCGCAACCGCCAGAGCCUCUUCCAGGAGGAGGGGAUGCUCUCCCUGGUCCUGAACUGCAUUGACCGUCUGAAUGUCUACACCACCGCUGCCCACUUUGCUGAAUUUGCAGGGGAAGAGGCCGCUGAGUCCUGGAAAGAGAUUGUGAACCUGCUUUAUGAACUUCUGGCCUCUCUGAUCCGUGGCAACCGCACCAAUUGUGCUCUGUUCUCCACCAACUUGGAUUGGCUGGUCAGCAAGUUGGACAGGCUGGAGGCCUCGUCUGGGAUCCUGGAGGUGCUGUACUGUGUCCUGAUUGAGAGUCCCGAGGUCCUGAACAUCAUUCAGGAGAACCACAUCAAGUCUAUCAUCUCCCUCCUGGACAAGCACGGCAGGAACCACAAGGUGCUGGAGGUGCUGUGUUCCCUGUGUGUAUGCAAUGGUGUGGCUGUGCGCUCCAACCAAGAUCUCAUCACGGAGAACCUGCUCCCAGGUCGAGAACUCCUGCUGCAGACCAACCUCAUCAACUAUGUCACCAGCAUUCGCCCCAACAUAUUCGUGGGCCGCGCUGAGGGCUCCACGCAGUACGGCAAAUGGUACUUUGAGGUGAUGGUGGACGAGGUGGCCCCAUUUGUGACAGCUCAGGCCACGCACCUGCGGGUGGGCUGGGCCCUCACAGAGGGCUACAGCCCAUACCCAGGGGGCGGCGAGGGCUGGGGCGGCAACGGCGUGGGCGAUGACCUCUACUCCUACGGCUUUGAUGGGCUCCACCUCUGGACAGGUCAUGUGGCACGCCUGGUGACCUACCCGGGGCAGCACAUCCUGGCACCCGAGGACGUGGUCAGUUGCUGCCUGGACCUCAGCGUGCCGUCCAUCUCCUUCCGCAUCAACGGCUGCCCCGUGCAAGGUGUCUUUGAGGCCUUCAACCUCGACGGGCUCUUCUUCCCCGUAGUCAGCUUCUCGGCUGGUAUCAAGGUUCGCUUCCUUCUGGGGGGCCGCCAUGGAGAAUUCAAGUUCCUCCCACCACCUGGCUAUGCCCCGUGCCACGAGGCUGUGCUCCCGAGAGAGCGACUCCACCUGGAGCCCAUCAAGGAGUAUCGGCGGGAAGGGCCUCGGGGACCACACCUCGUGGGCCCCAGCCGCUGCCUCUCACACACCGAUUUUGUGCCGUGCCCCGUGGACACUGUGCAGAUUGUCCUGCCUCCCCAUCUGGAGAGAAUUCGGGAGAAGCUGGCAGAGAACAUUCACGAGCUCUGGGCGCUGACCCGAAUCGAGCAGGGCUGGACCUAUGGCCCGGUCCGUGAUGACAACAAGAGGCUGCAUCCAUGCCUGGUGGACUUCCACAACCUGCCUGAGCCUGAGAGGAAUUACAACCUGCAGAUGUCAGGGGAGACGCUCAAGACACUGCUGGCUUUGGGCUGCCAUGUGGGCAUGGCCGAUGAGAAGGCGGAGGAGAACCUGAGGAAGACGAAACUUCCCAAAACGUACAUGAUGGACAACGGGUACAAGCCAGCACCUCUGGACCUGAGCCACGUGCGCCUGACACCCGCACAGACCACGCUGGUGGACCGGCUGGCCGAGAACGGGCACAACGUGUGGGCCCGGGACCGCGUGGGCCAGGGCUGGAGCUACAGCGCCGUGCAGGACAUCGUGGCCCGCCGGAACCCGCGUCUCGUGCCCUACCGCCUGCUGGACGAGGCCACCAAGCGCAGCAACCGCGACAGUCUCUGCCAGGCUGUGCGCACGCUGCUGGGUUACGGCUACAACAUUGAGCCACCCGACCAGGAGCCUAGCCAGGUGGACAGCCAGUCUCGCUGGGAUCGGGUUCGCAUCUUCAGGGCUGAGAAAUCCUACGCAGUACAGAGUGGCCGCUGGUACUUCGAGUUUGAGGCGGUCACCACAGGCGGUGAGAUGCGAGUAGGCUGGGCAAGGCCUGAGCUGCGGCCCGAUGUGGAGCUGGGAGCAGAUGAACUGGCCUAUGUCUUCAACGGGCACCGGGGCCAGCGCUGGCACCUGGGAAGCGAACCAUUUGGGCGCCCCUGGCAGUCAGGCGAUGUCGUGGGCUGCAUGAUUGACCUGACUGAGAACAAUAUUAUCUUCACCCUCAAUGGGGAAGUCCUGAUGUCUGACUCGGGGUCCGAAAUGGCCUUCCGGGACAUCGAGAUUGGGGAUGGUUUCUUGCCUGUCUGCAGCCUGGGGCCCGGCCAGGUGGGGCAUCUGAACCUGGGCCAGGACGUCAGUUCCCUGCGCUUCUUCGCCAUCUGUGGCCUUCAGGAAGGCUUUGAGCCGUUUGCCAUCAACAUGCAGCGUCCGGUUACCACAUGGUUCAGCAAAAGCCUCCCCCAGUUUGAGCCAGUGCCUCUGGAGCAUCCCCACUAUGAGGUGUCCCGUGUGGACGGCACUGUGGAUACGCCUCCCUGUCUGCGCCUGACACACCGUACCUGGGGCUCCCAGAACAGCCUGGUGGAGAUGCUCUUCCUCCGCCUCAGUCUCCCCGUCCAGUUCCACCAGCACUUCCGCUGCACAGCAGGGGCCACCCCGCUGGCACCCCCAGGCCUGCAGCCACCUGCUGAGGAUGAGGCUCGGGCAGCAGAACCCGACUCUGACUAUGAAAACCUGCGGCGCUCAGCUGGGGGCUGGGGAGAAGCCGAGGGGGGCAAAGAGGGAACUGCCAAGGAGGGGGCCCCUGGGAGCACCUCCCAGGCUGGCGCAGAGGCCCAGCCUGUGAGAGCAGAGAAUGAGAAGGACACCGCCACGGAGAAGAGCAAGAAGAGAGGGUUCUUGUUCAAGGCCAAGAAGGUCGCCAUGAUGACUCAACCACCAGCCACCCCAUCUCUGCCCCGACUCCCACGGGAGGUGGUCCCCACUGAUGACCGCGAUGACCCUGAGAUCAUCCUCAACACCACCACGUAUUACUACUCUGUGAGGAUCUUCGCUGGCCAGGAGCCCAGCUGUGUGUGGGUGGGCUGGGUCACCCCCGACUACCAUCAGCACGACAUGAAUUUCGACCUGACCAAGGUCCGGGCAGUAACAGUGACCAUGGGGGAUGAACAAGGCAACAUCCACAGCAGCCUGAAGUGCAGCAACUGCUACAUGGUAUGGGGCGGGGACUUCGUGAGCCCCGGGCAGCAGGGCCGGAUCAGCCACACGGACUUCGUCAUUGGUUGCCUGGUGGACUUGGCCACUGGCCUGAUGAACUUCACUGUCAACGGCAAAGAGAGCAACACCUUCUUCCAGGUGGAACCCAACACGAAGCUCUUUCCUGCCGUCUUUGUCCUGCCCACAAACCAGAACGUCAUCCAGUUUGAACUGGGCAAGCUGAAGAACAUCAUGCCACUGUCCGCUGCCAUGUUCAUGAGUGAGCGCAAGAACCCGGCUCCACAGUGCCCGCCACGGCUGGAGAUGCAGAUGCUCAUGCCCGUGUCCUGGAGCCGCAUGCCCAACCACUUCCUGCAGGUGGACACGAGACGCGCUGGAGAGCGGCUGGGCUGGGCAGUGCAGUGCCAGGACCCACUCAUCAUGAUGGCGCUGCACAUCCCGGAGGAGAACCGGUGCAUGGACAUCCUGGAGCUGUCGGAGCGCUUGGAUCUGCAGCGUUUCCACUCGCACACGCUCAGCUUGUACCGCUCCGUGUGCGCGCUGGGCAACAACCGCGUGGCCCACGCGCUGUGCAGUCAUGUGGACCAGGCGCAGCUGUUGCACACGCUGGAGGACGCGCACCUGCCAGGCCCACUUCGUGCCGGCUACUACGACCUGCUCAUGAGCAUCCACUUGGAGAGCGCCUGCCGCAGCCGCCGCUCCAUGCUCUCCGAGUACAUCGUGCCCCUCACGCCCGAGACCCGGGCCAUUACCCUCUUCCCACCGGGCAAAGGCGAUGAAGGCGAAGGCGGUGAGGACGGGCCCCGUCGCCACGGCCUGCCAGGCGUGGGCAUCACCACCUCCCUGCGGCCCCCGCAUCAUUUCUCGCCACCCUGCUUCGUGGCCGCCCUGCCACCCGCCGGAGUGGCUGAAGCACCUGUGCGCCUGAGUCCAAGUAUCCCCCUGGAAGCCCUGCGCGACAAGGCCCUGCGCAUGCUAGGCGAGGCCGUGCGAGAUGGUGGGCAGCACGCCCGUGACCCUGUCGGGGGUUCCGUGGAGUUCCAGUUUGUGCCCGUGCUCAAGCUCGUGUCCACCCUGCUCGUCAUGGGCAUCUUUGGCGACGAGGAUGUGAAACAGAUACUAAAGAUGAUCGAGCCGGAGGUGUUCACCGAGGAGGUAGAGGAAGAGGAGGAUGAAGAGGAGAAGGAGGAAGAUGAGGAAGAAGAGGCGCAGGAGAAGGAAGAGGAGGAAAAAGUGGAGGAAGAGGAGAAGGAGGAGGAGGAGCCCGCAGAGGGAGAGAAGGAAGGCUUGGAGGAGGGGCUGCUGCAGAUGAAAUUGCCCGAGUCUGUCAAGUUACAGAUGUGCCACUUGCUGGAGUAUUUCUGCGACCAGGAGUUGCAGCAUCGCGUGGAGUCCCUGGCAGCUUUCGCGGAACACUACGUGGACAAGCUUCAGGGCAACCAGCGGGGUCGUUAUGGUCUCCUCAUGAAAGCCUUCACCAUGUCUGCUGCUGAGACCGCCCGGCGCACCCGCGAGUUCCGCUCCCCACCCCAGGAACAGAUCAACAUGCUGUUGCACUUCAAAGAUGGUGCCAAUGAGGAAGAGUGCCCGCUCCCUGAGGAGGUGCGAGAGGAACUGGUCAAAUUUCACCAGGACCUGCUGGCACACUGUGGAAUCCAGCUGGAGGAAGAGGAGGAGCAGCAGGAGGAAGAGGCCACUCUGGGUGGCCGCCUGAUGAGCCUGUUGGAGAAGGUGCGGCUGGUGAAGAAGAAAGAGGAGAAGGUGGAGGAGGAGCCAUCGGAGGAAGAAAGCAAACCCCAGUCUCUGCAGGAGCUCGUGUCCCACACGGUGGUGCGCUGGGCCCAGGAAGACUUUGUGCAGAGUCCGGAGCUGGUGCGGGCCAUGUUCAGCCUCCUGCACCGGCAGUAUGAUGGUCUCGGGGAGCUGCUGCGAGCCCUGCCCAAGGCUUACACCAUCUCACCUGCAUCGCUGGAGGACACCAUGAGUCUGCUCGAGUGCCUGGGCCAGAUCCGCUCGCUGCUCAUCGUGCAGAUGGGCCCCCAGGAGGAGAACCUCAUGAUCCAGAGCAUCGGGAACAUUAUGAACAACAAAGUCUUCUACCAGCACCCGAACUUGAUGCGGGCACUGGGCAUGCAUGAGACGGUCAUGGAGGUCAUGGUGAACGUCCUUGGGGGUGGCGAGUCGAAGGAGAUCCGCUUCCCCAAGAUGGUGACUAGCUGUUGCCGCUUCCUCUGCUACUUCUGCCGCAUCAGCCGCCAGAAUCAGCGCUCCAUGUUCGACCACCUGAGCUACCUGCUGGAGAACAGUGGCAUCAGUUUGGGCAUGCAGGGCUCCACACCCCUGGAUGUGGCGGCCGCGUCUGUCAUCGACAACAAUGAGCUGGCCUUGGCCUUGCAGGAGCACGACCUGGAGAAGGUGGUGUCCUACUUGGCAGGCUGUGGCCUCCAAAGCUGCCCCAUGCUCCUGGCCAAAGGGUACCCGGACAUCGGCUGGAACCCCUGCGGUGGGGAGCAUUACCUGGAUUUCCUACGCUUCGCUGUCUUUGUCAACGGUGAGAGCGUGGAGGAAAACGCCAACGUGGUGGUGCGGCUGCUCAUCCGCAAGCCUGAGUGCUUCGGGCCUGCACUUCGUGGGGAGGGCGGCUCCGGGCUGCUGGCCGCGGUGGAGGAGGCCAUCCGCAUCUCCGAGGACCCCGCACGCGACGGCCCAGGGGUGCGCAGGGACCGGCGGCGCGACCACUUCGGGGAGGAGCACCCCGAGGAAAACCGGGUGCACCUGGGUCAUGCCAUCAUGUCCUUCUAUGCUGCCUUGAUCGACCUGCUGGGGCGUUGUGCACCUGAGAUGCAUCUGAUUCAAACUGGCAAGGGCGAGGCCCUGCGGAUCCGUGCUAUUCUGCGCUCUCUCGUACCCCUGGAUGACCUCGUGGGCAUCAUCAGCCUCCCCUUGCAGAUCCCCACUCUGGGCAAAGACGGGGCCCUGGUCCAGCCCAAGAUGUCAGCCUCCUUUGUGCCUGACCACAAGGCGUCCAUGGUACUGUUCCUGGACCGUGUGUACGGCAUCGAGAACCAGGACUUCCUGCUGCAUGUGCUGGAUGUAGGCUUCUUGCCGGACAUGCGUGCAGCAGCCUCGCUGGACACGGCCACCUUCAGCACCACGGAGAUGGCGCUGGCACUAAACCGCUACCUGUGUCUGGCCGUGCUGCCACUCAUCACCAAGUGUGCGCCGCUCUUCGCGGGCACCGAGCACCGAGCCAUCAUGGUGGACUCCAUGCUGCACACCGUGUAUCGCCUGUCCCGUGGCCGCUCACUCACCAAGGCGCAGCGCGAUGUCAUCGAGGACUGUCUCAUGGCACUCUGCAGGUACAUCCGCCCAUCCAUGUUGCAGCAUCUGCUCCGGCGUCUGGUGUUCGAUGUGCCCAUCUUGAAUGAGUUUGCCAAGAUGCCACUCAAGCUCCUCACCAACCACUAUGAGAGAUGCUGGAAGUAUUACUGUCUCCCCACUGGCUGGGCCAGCUUCGGGGUCACCUCGGAGGAAGAGCUGCAUCUCACACGGAAACUCUUUUGGGGCAUCUUUGACUCACUGGCCCACAAGAAAUAUGACGCAGAGCUGUAUCGCAUCGCCAUGCCCUGUCUCUGUGCCAUCGCUGGGGCCCUGCCCCCUGACUAUGUGGAUGCCUCGUAUUCCUCCAAGGCUGAAAAGAAGGCCACGGUGGACGCAGAGGGCAACUUCGAUCCUCGGCCAGUGGAGACCCUCAACGUGAUCAUCCCUGAGAAGCUGGACUCCUUCAUUAACAAGUACUCCGAGUACACGCAUGAGAAGUGGGCCUUUGACAAGAUUCAGAACAGCUGGUCCUACGGGGAGAACAUAGACGAGGAGCUGAAGACACACCCCAUGCUGAGACCCUACAAGACCUUCUCAGAGAAGGACAAAGAGAUUUACCGCUGGCCCAUCAAGGAGUCCUUGAAGGCCAUGAUUGCCUGGGAAUGGACGGUAGAGAAGGCCCGGGAGGGUGAGGAAGAGAAAACGGAGAAGAAGAAAACUCGAAAGAUUUCCCAAAGCGCUCAGACCUAUGACCCCCGAGAAGGCUACAACCCCCAGCCCCCCGAUCUCAGCGGAGUCACCCUGUCCCGGGAGCUGCAGGCCAUGGCAGAGCAGCUAGCGGAAAAUUACCACAACACAUGGGGUCGCAAGAAGAAGCAGGAGCUGGAGGCCAAGGGUGGUGGGACCCACCCCCUACUGGUCCCCUACGACACGCUCACGGCCAAGGAGAAGGCACGAGAUCGAGAGAAGGCCCAGGAGCUGCUCAAGUUUCUGCAAAUGAAUGGCUUCGCGGUCACCAGAGGCCUGAAGGACAUGGAACUGGACACGUCCUCCAUUGAGAAACGCUUCGCCUUCGGCUUCCUGCAGCAGCUGCUGCGCUGGAUGGACAUUUCCCAGGAGUUUAUUGCCCAUCUGGAGGCCGUGGUCAGCAGUGGGAGGGUAGAAAAGUCCCCCCACGAACAGGAGAUUAAAUUCUUUGCCAAGAUCCUGCUCCCUUUGAUCAAUCAGUACUUCACCAAUCACUGCCUCUACUUCCUGUCCACGCCAGCCAAAGUGCUGGGUAGUGGUGGCCACGCCUCCAACAAGGAGAAGGAAAUGAUCACCAGCCUCUUUUGCAAACUAGCUGCCCUUGUCCGCCAUCGCGUUGGGCUCUUUGGUACGGAUGCACCAGCCGUGGUCAACUGUCUUCACAUCCUGGCCCGCUCCCUGGACGCCAGAACGGUGAUGAAGUCGGGCCCCGAGAUCGUGAAGGCCGGACUCCGCUCCUUCUUUGAGAGCGCGUCGGAGGACAUCGAGAAGAUGGUAGAGAACCUGCGACUGGGCAAGGUGUCCCAGGCGCGCACGCAGGUGAAGGGCGUAGGCCAGAACAUCACCUACACCACCGUGGCCCUGCUGCCCGUCCUUACCACCCUCUUCCAGCACAUAGCCCAGCACCAGUUUGGAGACGACGUGAUCCUGGAUGAUGUCCAGGUCUCCUGCUACCGAACAUUGUGCAGUAUCUACUCUCUGGGCACCACCAGGAACCCCUAUGUGGAGAAGCUGCGGCCAGCCCUUGGGGAGUGCCUGGCCUGCCUGGCUGCGGCCAUGCCAGUGGCAUUCCUGGAGCCUCAGCUGAACGAGUUCAACGCCUGCUCUGUCUACACCACCAAGUCUCCCCGGGAGCGGGCCAUCUUGGGGCUCCCCAGCAGUGUGGAGGAGAUGUGCCCUGACAUCCCGGUGCUGGAGCAGCUCAUGUCUGACAUCGGGGGACUGGCCGAGUCGGGUGCCCGCUACACAGAGAUGCCGCAUGUCAUUGAGAUUACACUGCCCAUGCUGUGCAGCUACCUGCCUCGCUGGUGGGAGCGUGGCCCGGAGGCGCCCCCUCCAGCCCUCCCUGGUGGUGCCCCACCACCCUGCACGGCUGUCACCUCUGGCCACCUCAACUCCCUGCUUGGGAACAUCCUACGCAUCAUCGUCAACAACCUGGGCAUCGAUGAGGCCUCCUGGAUGAAGCGGCUGGCAGUAUUUGCUCAGCCCAUCGUGAGCCGGGCACACCCUGAGCUCCUGCACACACACUUUAUCCCCACCAUCGGGCGCCUGCGCAAGCGGGCAGGGAAGGUGGUGGCUGAGGAAGAGCAGCUGCGCCUGGAGGCCAAGGCUGAGGCCGAGGAGGGUGAGCUCCUGAUUCGGGAUGAGUUCUCUGUGCUGUGCCGUGACCUGUAUGCCCUCUACCCCCUGCUUAUCCGCUACGUGGACAACAACAGGGCGCACUGGCUGACGGCACCCAAUGCCAAUGCCGAGAUGCUCUUCAGGAUGGUUGGGGAGAUCUUCAUCUACUGGUCCAAGUCCCACAACUUUAAGCGCGAGGAGCAGAACUUUGUGGUGCAGAAUGAGAUCAACAACAUGUCAUUCCUGACGGCCGACAACAAGAGCAAGAUGGCCAAGGCGGGAGACGUUCAGUCAGGCGGUUCGGAUCAGGAACGCACCAAGAAGAAACGCCGGGGUGACCGCUACUCGGUGCAGACGUCGCUGAUUGUGGCCACGCUCAAGAAGAUGCUGCCCAUUGGCCUCAACAUGUGUGCACCCACGGACCAGGAGCUCAUCACCAUGGCCAAGACUCGCUAUGCUCUGAAAGACACUGAUGAGGAAGUCCGGGAGUAUCUGCAGAACAACCUCCACUGUCAAGCAAAGGUUGAAGGCUCCCCGUCUCUGCGCUGGCAGAUGGCACUGUACCGGGGCGUCCCUGGCCGGGAGGAGGAUGCAGACGACCCAGAGAAAAUCGUUCGCCGGGUUCAGGAAGUGUCUGCUGUGCUUUAUCACCUGGAGCAGACUGAGCACCCUUACAAGUCCAAGAAGGCUGUGUGGCAUAAGCUCCUCUCCAAGCAGCGCCGGAGGGCAGUGGUUGCAUGUUUCCGCAUGACGCCCCUGUACAACCUGCCCACGCACCGGGCAUGUAACAUGUUCCUGGAGAGCUACAAGGCUUCGUGGAUCCUGACGGAAGACCACAGCUUUGAGGAUCGCAUGAUAGAUGAUCUCUCCAAAGCUGGAGAGAAGGAGGAGGAAGAAGAGGAAGUAGAGGAGAAGAAGCCAGACCCCCUACACCAGCUGGUUCUGCACUUCAGCCGCACUGCCCUGACAGAAAAGAGCAAACUAGAAGAGGAUUACCUGUACAUGGCUUAUGCUGAUAUCAUGGCCAAGAGCUGCCACAUUGAAGAGGGAGAGGAAAAUGUGGAGGCUGAAGAGGAAGAGCCUGAGGUUUCUUUCGAGGAGAAGGAGAUGGAGAAGCAGAGGCUCCUGUACCAGCAGGCAAGGCUGCACAACCGUGGGGCUGCCGAGAUGGUUCUGCAGAUGAUCAGUGCCUGCAAAGGAGAGACAGGCUCCAUGGUGUCCUCCACCCUGAAGCUGGGCAUCUCCAUCCUAAACGGGGGCAAUGCGGAGGUGCAGCAGAAAAUGCUAGAUUACCUGAAGGACAAGAAGGAAGUGGGGUUCUUCCAGAGCAUUCAGGCGCUGAUGCAAACAUGCAGCGUCCUGGAUCUCAAUGCCUUUGAAAGACAAAACAAGGCAGAGGGGCUUGGCAUGGUGAAUGAGGAUGGAACUGUCAUCAACCGCCAGAACGGAGAGAAGGUGAUGGCAGACGAUGAAUUCACCCAGGACUUAUUUCGAUUCCUGCAGUUGCUCUGUGAGGGGCACAAUAAUGAUUUCCAAAACUACCUGCGGACACAGACCGGGAACACGACCACUAUUAACAUCAUUAUCUGCACAGUGGAUUACCUCCUGCGGCUGCAGGAAUCCAUCAGCGACUUCUACUGGUACUAUUCUGGCAAGGACGUCAUCGAAGAGCAGGGCAAAAGGAACUUUUCCAAGGCCAUGUCGGUGGCCAAGCAGGUGUUCAACAGCCUCACGGAAUAUAUUCAGGGCCCCUGCACCGGGAACCAGCAGAGCCUGGCGCACAGUCGCCUCUGGGACGCCGUGGUGGGAUUCCUGCAUGUGUUUGCCCACAUGAUGAUGAAGCUUGCUCAGGACUCCAGCCAGAUUGAGCUGCUGAAGGAGUUGCUGGAUCUUCAGAAGGACAUGGUGGUGAUGCUGCUGUCCCUUCUGGAAGGGAACGUGGUGAACGGCAUGAUCGCGCGGCAGAUGGUGGACAUGCUUGUGGAGUCCUCGUCAAACGUGGAGAUGAUUCUCAAGUUCUUCGACAUGUUCCUGAAACUCAAGGACAUUGUGGGUUCCGAGGCGUUUCAGGACUAUGUCACCGACCCCCGGGGUCUUAUCUCCAAGAAGGAUUUCCAGAAGGCCAUGGACAGCCAGAAACAGUUCAGCGGCCCUGAGAUCCAGUUUCUGAUCUCCUGCUCGGAAGCCGACGAGAACGAGAUGAUCAACUUCGAGGAGUUCGCCAACCGCUUCCAGGAGCCAGCCCGGGACAUCGGCUUCAAUGUGGCGGUGCUGCUGACCAACCUGUCGGAGCAUGUGCCCCACGACCCUCGUCUGCGCAACUUCUUGGAGCUGGCCGAGAGCAUCCUCGAGUAUUUCCGCCCUUACCUGGGCCGCAUUGAGAUCAUGGGCGCCUCCCGCCGCAUAGAGCGUAUCUAUUUCGAGAUCUCCGAGACCAACCGCGCACAGUGGGAGAUGCCGCAGGUGAAGGAGUCCAAACGCCAGUUCAUCUUCGACGUGGUGAACGAGGGCGGCGAGUCGGAGAAGAUGGAGAUGUUCGUGAGCUUCUGCGAGGACACCAUCUUCGAGAUGCAGAUCGCCGCGCAGAUCUCGGAGCCCGAGGGCGAGCCGGAGGAGGACGACGACGAGGCCGGCGAGGCGGGCGCCGAGGGCGCGGACGAGGGCGCGGCCGGACCCGAGGGCGCGGCGGGCGCGGCGGCGGCGGGGAUGCCCGCGCGGCUGGCGGCGGCGGCGGGCCGGGCCCUGAGCGGGCUCAGCUACCGCAGCCUGCGACGGCGGGUGCGGAGGCUGCGGAAGCUCACGGCGCGGGAGGCGGCCGCGGCGCUGGCCGCGCUGCUCUGGGCCCUCGUGGCGCGCACCGGGAGCGCGAGUGCCGGGGCGGCGGCGGGGGCGCUGCGCCUGCUGUGGGGCUCGCUCUUCGGGGGCGGCCUGGUGGAGGGCGCCAAGAAGGUGACGGUCACCGAGCUGCUGGCGGGCAUGCCCGACCCCACGGGGGACGAGGUGCACGGCGAGCAGGCCCCGGGACAGGGCGCCGACGCGGACGGGGAAGGCGCGGGCGAGGGCGCAGAAGACGGGGCGCAGGGCGCGGGCGAUGAGGAUGCGGUGGCCCACGAGGCGGGCCCCGGAGGCGCUCCCGGGGCAGGGGCGGCCGCCGACGGGGGUCCCUUCCGACCCGAAGGCGCGGGAGGCCUCGGGGACAUGGGAGACACGGCGUCCGUGGAGCCGCCCACGCCCGAGGGCUCCCCGAUUUUCAAGAGGAAACUGAGGAUGCUUACUGGGCAGGAGAACCCAGAGGCCGAGCAAGAGACCGAGCCUGAGCCUGAGCCCGAGCCUGAGCCCGAGCCUGAGAAAGCAGACGCUGAGAACGGGGAGAAGGAAGGAAUCCCAGAGCCACCAGAGGAGCCGCUGGAGGAGCCCCCUACAAAGGAAGAACCGCCUCCCCCUCCUCCCAAAAAGGAGGAAGCCAAAGGCGCAGGCCUGGAAUUCUGGGAAGAAAUGGAAGUACAGAGGGUGAAGUUCCUGAACUACCUCUCCCGGAACUUUUACACCCUGCGUUUCCUGGCCCUCUUCUUGGCUUUCGCAAUCAACUUCAUCUUGCUGUUUUAUAAGGUCUCAGACUCUCCACCAGGGGAAGAAGAUAUGGAGGGGUCGGCUGCAGGGGACCUGUCUGGAGCAGGGUCUGGUGGUGGAUCAGGCUGGGGCUCGGGGGCCGGCGAGGAAGCAGAGGGUGACGAAGAUGAGAACAUGGUAUACUACUUCCUGGAAGAAAGCACGGGUUACAUGGAGCCGGCCUUGCGAUGCCUGAGCCUCCUUCACACGCUCGUGGCCUUUCUCUGCAUCAUCGGCUACAACUGCCUCAAGGUACCCCUGGUGAUCUUUAAGCGGGAGAAGGAGCUGGCCCGGAAGCUAGAGUUCGAUGGCCUCUACAUCACAGAACAGCCUGAGGAUGAUGACGUGAAGGGACAAUGGGACCGGCUGGUGCUCAACACCCCGUCUUUCCCCAGCAACUAUUGGGACAAGUUUGUCAAGCGAAAGGUCCUGGACAAACAUGGGGACAUCUACGGGCGGGAGAGGAUUGCAGAGCUGUUGGGCAUAGACCUGGCCUCGCUGGAGAUCACAGCCCACAACGAACGCAAACCGGAGCCCCCGCCGGGGCUGCUGACCUGGAUCAUGUCCAUCGAUGUGAAAUACCAGAUCUGGAAGUUUGGUGUCAUCUUCACAGACAAUUCUUUCCUGUAUUUGGGCUGGUACAUGGUAAUGUCGCUCCUGGGCCACUACAACAACUUCUUCUUCGCUGCCCACCUCCUGGACAUCGCCAUGGGGGUCAAGACACUGAGGACCAUCCUUUCCUCCGUCACCCACAAUGGGAAACAGUUGGUGAUGACCGUGGGCCUCCUGGCUGUCGUGGUCUACCUGUACACCGUAGUGGCCUUCAACUUCUUCAGAAAGUUCUACAACAAGAGCGAGGAUGAGGAUGAACCGGACAUGAAGUGUGAUGACAUGAUGACGUGCUACCUGUUUCACAUGUAUGUGGGUGUCCGAGCUGGUGGGGGCAUUGGCGACGAGAUUGAGGACCCAGCGGGCGAUGAAUACGAAUUGUACCGGGUGGUCUUCGACAUCACCUUCUUCUUCUUUGUCAUCGUCAUCCUGUUGGCCAUCAUCCAGGGUCUGAUCAUUGAUGCUUUUGGUGAGCUCCGUGACCAACAAGAACAAGUGAAGGAAGAUAUGGAGACCAAGUGCUUCAUCUGUGGCAUUGGUAGUGACUACUUCGAUACUACACCGCAUGGGUUUGAGACCCACACACUGGAGGAACACAACCUGGCCAAUUACAUGUUUUUCCUGAUGUAUCUAAUCAAUAAGGAUGAAACAGAACACACAGGCCAGGAAUCUUAUGUCUGGAAGAUGUACCAAGAGAGAUGCUGGGAUUUUUUCCCAGCUGGAGAUUGUUUCCGCAAGCAAUAUGAGGAUCAGCUUAACUGAGACCUACACCCCACAAGCUGGCCCUCCACCCUACCUCAAGUGCCUUAUUCUCCUAGCAAGCCCCAUAGCUUCCCCCAAACACCUCCCCCUCUGGGAGAGGUGACAGUGUACUAGAGAAAUAAAAUCUGUGCUGCA